AUGUUCUCAAGAUUAAUUACACUAGCUGUUCCCUACGACCAGAUAAACCCCGAGUCUGCUCUAGUGGAAAUAUUCGAACAGAGAGGAGCCCCAAAGUCUAAAUUCAUUGUAGCUAUUGGUGCCCUGGCUGGGUUGAUCGUUAGUAUGUUCGGAUCUAUGUUUCCAAUGCCUCGAAUAGUAUACGCCAUGGCUAAAGACGGACUUAUCUUCAGGUCACUUUCUCGUGUAUGGCCUUACACGGGAACACCUGCUGCCGCAACAUGUGUCCUAGGUGGCGCCACUACAGUCGUUGCUUUUAUUAUAAGCUUGGAUGUACUGGUGGAGAUGAUGUCAAUUGGAACCCUGAUGGCCUACACUCUGGUAUCCACAUGUGUUCUCAUUUUGCGGUACCAGCCUCAGAACACUACCUUAGUGGAGCUUCUCCCAGAAUCCAUCAGAUCUGCUUAUCCCACACCCUGUAAGGAGAUGUCAAUGCCCAUUGACAGCUGUAGAACAACGAUUCACACAAAAAGAACUAAUCGGGUGGAUUCGUCCGACAGCGAGGAUUCAUUAUCAGCUUCAAACGGCAUCAACCAUUUGGACAAGACCCAAACCUUUCAGAAAUCUGAAGAUCUCGAUCUUCUGGUGCCAAAUGGUUGCGCAGGAAGCUCUGUUUAUGGAACAGUUCACCAGAAGUCCUCCCCAAAAUCCAGAAUUUCCGAUACGUUCCAGAAACUCUUCGAUAAAAUCAUGACACGUCUUUUUCCUUACAAAUGGGCUGCUUCUAAACGUGCGUCAGAGAAUUCAGGGAAGUUUGUAAUGAAGAUAGUUGGGCUGUUGUAUCUUCUGAUAAUUACCUUUGAUUUGCUCGUUGUCUGUGCGAUGCCGGCCUUGGAGAGCAGAGACAUAACAGCACUGUUGUUUCUUUUUCUGUGCCUUUUGGGGAUCGUUCUUUGUCUGAUUGUGAUCAGCCUUCAGCCACAGACAAGGUGCGAUCUCAAGUUUAAAGCACCUGGAGUGCCACUUGUACCAGCAGUUGCUGUUAUAGUCAACAUUUAUUUGAUAAUGAAGCUAUCUGUCCUCACGCUCAUUCGAUUUACAGUGUGGAUGAUAUUAGGUCUUCUGAUGUAUUUCCUUUAUGGAAUAAAGAAAAGCUCUUUGGAAUUUCUUCCACAAUCUGCCAUGGAAAUGCAAAUACCGGAAAGUAAGAAAGAAAGAGUAUUAAAAGCGUACCAGGAAAGUUCCAAUGCAGAAACUACUUUAGAAAACUCAACUAAGGAAUCAAAACAUUACUUAUCACUGCCACUAGAUGGCGGGAACGGAGUGGUCAACAUGAAUUAUCAACCGAGCAGACGAGACGGCAAUAGCGAAAAUACAAACGCUGAAUGGGAGACUUUUGACAAAUAAACAUAGCAAAACCUCUUUGGAAAAAAAAAUAAUUUAUUGUGCAUCAGUUUUUGCAUGUGAUUCAUAUUAAUAUUCCUAUUUUUGAGAGAAUUGUGAUAUUGUAUCUUCAAUGAAUUUGUGGUAUUUCAUGAAGAAAAACUCAAUGGGAAAAAUAAAUGUUUGAAUUGUUUCAAUUUACUGUCAGUAUACGACAGUUUAAAACUAAAUGUAUAAUACAUAUUUCUGACUUAAAUUGUUGAACUAGUCUAUGACUUGCAUUGUUAUGUGUCGUAUCGCUAUUUUCUGGUGUUAUUUAAAGUUACAUUUUUGAAAUUUAAAAUCACUGCUCAUCGAAUAGUCUUGAAAUGCAUUAUUGUCAUGCUCCGUAUGUUCUCUCUCAGUUAUUCUUGAAAUGCAUUGUUGUCAUGCUCCGUAUAUUCUCUCUCAGUUAUUCUUGAAAUGCAUUGUUGUCAUGCUCCUUAUAUUCUCUCUCAGUUAUUCUUGAGCUACAUUGUUGUCAUGCUCCGUAUAUUCUCUCUCAGUUAUUCUUGAAAUGCAUUGUUGUCAUGCUCCGUAUAUUCUCUCUCAGUUAUUCUUGGAAUGCAUUGUUGUCAUGCUCCGUAUAUUCUCUCUCAGUUAUUCUUGAAAUGCAUUGUUGUCAUGCUCCGUAUAUUCUCUCUCAGUUAUUCUUGAAAUACAUUGUUCUCAUGCUCCGUAUAUUCUCUCUCAGUUAUAUUUAUUUACCUUUUUCUGUGGGCUAUCUAAAACAUUCAGAUAAUAAUUCAUCCGCAGAUUGUGACGACUUUACCUUUUCCCAAUUGUGCAGUAACGUCUAUGGCUUUUUCUUGAACUUCUGACCUCUUAAGUGAUUCGGGACAGUUCUUCUUGUAUGUGUGGCAACCAAAACCUUAUCGAUUCUCGAGCAAAUAGAUAAACAGGUGGCGUUGAGUGAUCUAUUUUUGCGCAAGUCCAGUUUCUUUAAAAAAUAUUUCAAGUUGUUUAUUACAGUGGAUUAGUUGCGAGUGAUUAUUUAAUUGUAAUAUUCAGGAUGAAAUAUAUUAGUUUUUAGGAGGCCAAAAAACAAACACACAAGAAAACAUAUUCUUACCGUAUAACACCAUGACGCCGCUAAACAAUGUCGAAUGGCGGCUUUGUUAGUUGUUUUUUCAUCAUUGUUAAACGCAUAUUCUAUUUUCGUAGACGUUUAGAUGCCCUAUUUAUUUAUUUCGUAGCAAUAAUAUGUUGUUUUUGAUAAAUUAUUUAUUACUGUUGUGACUAUAUACUAAAGUUUGUUCAUUGCCCAGAUAUCUUAUUACUUAACCAUGUUCAAGCACAAUUUUCUGAAAACUAUUUCACAGCAACCUAUUAUGAUCCCUCGUGAUUGCCGAACUCAUUGCGCAUGUGUGAAAAAGAAACUAUUUUAAAUCUCGAAUGUUCUAUUCAGUAGGUAAUAUAACACAAUAAUUAUUUGUCUGCUGCCUGUAAGUAAAUGUUUAUUAUACAUGUUUCAUCAAACAAGUUUGAGCAGAUGGUUCAAAGGUGUAAAUGUUAUUUUAUUCAUAAAUAUGACGUUAUCGUUGCUUAGCAACAACUGGAGAUCACUCCUUUCGGACGUUCUAUUUCGUGUUCACGGCGCUUUUUUAAGGCGUGUUUUUCUCUUUUAUCUUGUAUAAAAACUCGGAUAUUGUUGUCCAUCGAAUUGGCUGUUCUGUGUUUACUCCAUAAUUGUUGCUUAUAUUACGGUGAGUUAAAGACGAAUUAUUAAAGAUAGUUUAUAUGAACUUCCAUUUCUUUAAUAGUGUUCAUUAUAAAGUGCCUACGUAUGGUGUAAUGGUUUGUCUGCUUUGUUGUAUAUUCUUGAUGUUUGUCAUAAAUCAAAAAAAACAUUCAUGCUUUCUUUAUAAGACCGCGACUAGUGCUGGUAUUCAUGUGUUAUAUCAAACUUAGCACGUUUACUAGCAAUAAAAUCUUAUUUAGGCAUGCAACUCGAGAAUAUUUCAAGUGUUAUAAAAAAAUACUGAAUUUGUUAGUUUUUUUCUUUACGUUUCUUGUAUUUUUACCGUUAAUAAAAGUUUGAUUCGAUAAAA